CAGUAGGGACCUCUUCUCCCUCUCUCUCUCUGUCUCUCUCUCUCUCUGCUUCUUUACUGCCAUUGAAAAAAAACUGUAUUCUCCAUUCUCUGUUCCAUUCUAUAAAUACCCCUCACAUCUUCUCCCCCUUUUCUCCUCUUCCCUUCAACCUUUUUUCUCUUCUCUCUGCGUUUCAUCACCCUUUUCUCAGAGAGAGAGAGAGAGAGAGAGAGAGAGUGUGUGUGUGUGUUUGUGUUCCAUUUUCUCUCUCUGCAUUUCACGAGCCAGUCCCGAACAAUGUCAGCUUUCAGGGAGGACGAUCCACGUAUCGACGGCAUUCAAUCCAGAAUUCGAGUCGUGCCAGACUUCCCUAAACCGGGAAUAAUGUUCCAAGACAUCACUACACUGUUGCUGGAUCCCAAAGCCUUUAAAGACACCAUUGAUUUGUUUGUCGAGCGCUACAAAGGCAAGAAUAUCUCCAUAGUUGCCGGAAUUGAGGCUCGAGGGUUUAUAUUUGGUCCACCAAUCGCGUUGGCAAUCGGGGCAAAAUUCGUUCCCUUGCGCAAGCCGAAGAAACUGCCAGGUAAGGUUUUCCGACAAGAGUAUGACUUGGAGUAUGGAAGCGAUUGUCUCGAGAUGCACGUUGGGGCAGUAGAAGCUGGAGACCGAGCUUUGGUGGUCGAUGAUCUGAUUGCUACCGGUGGCACUCUCUGUGCAGCUAUGGAUUUACUCGAGCGUGCUGGGGCUGAAGUGGUUGAAUGUGCUUGCGUGAUCGAAAUUCCAGAGCUAAAGGGCCGGGAUCGGUUGAAUGGGAAGCCGUUGUACGUUUUGGUGGAGUCGCAGUAGCGGCCGCUAAGGCUGGAAUGCUGCAAGAGAAAACCGUGAUUAGAGACGGGCUGGCUGUCAUAUUGUCUGCAGAUUUCUUUCAUUGUUUUCCCGGCUCGCUCUCUCUCUUGCAUCCAUCCCGGAUUAUGGAUUUUCGAAGGCCUUAAAUCUGUGUUUUACAGAAUUCGUUUUUACAUUACAUUAUAUGAUGAUGAUGAUGAGGAGGGUAGGACAACAUUGGAUAUGUUGCUGAAUGUUUUUUAAGAACAAAUUGAACAUCCUCAAAAUAUUUUUCCAGUUUCAUGUUAACUGUUUUCUGGGUUCAUCCUUUUCAUGGAUUAUUUGUAUUGCAACUUCUCUGUCAAGGGAUGAGUUGAGUUUGAGAUUAAACAAAAGUAUGGAUAUUUAUUCUA